CUUGACAGGUGGUUGGUUGGUCGGUGCGCUGUCACGAGCCACAGAUGCCUCGUCGGCGAGCUUUUAGCGGGCACGAGCUUCUUGAGCCUCUUCGUGCACGUGAGAUUAGGCUGCUCCUAGUUUGCGGCAAUUGAGCGUGAGGGCACCGGGAGAAGGAACAAAUUCACUGCCGCUGGUCCUCCGGGAAGAUGUCAGUGAUGAGUCCGUAUCGAGAAACCGCGUGUUAACGGCUGCUACAGUCUGGACCACUGGAUGUUUGGUUUUAAAGUUUUGCUGCGGACGUUUGUUUCGGCGCUUUGGGGAUAAACCACCGAGAGUGGGACAGGUGUCAUCCGACCCCCUCUCCAUCCCCAGCUGGACGCUCGACUGGGGCUAGCAGUUUCCCACUUGUUAUCUUGUCUUUGCGUACAGAGCUGGACUGUUUUUCAUAGCCAUGUUGUGGACAAAGUGGCUCAUUCUGCUGCUCUGCUGCGGGGUCACGAGCAGCGAGCAGCAGGCAGAUGACAUGAACGGAGCCCGGGCUGAGGUCCGGUCGGACUCCCGCAGGCAGCGCUCUCCUCCACAAGUGGAGCCACUGGAUUUUGGGUUUGUACCGGCGGCGGUUUACGAUACACAUGCCUACUACGAGCCAGGGACCAUAGGCAUCCUUUUCCAUAUGGUCCAUGCGUUUCUCUAUGUGGUUCAACCAAACUCCUUCCCCAAAGAUCUUAUUGUUAAAGUCAUCCAGCAAAACAUGGGAGGAAUUAAAUUAGAAGAAUGGAGAAAGCCAGAAAACGUCGUCUUGUUGCUACAGUGGAUCCACUACGAGGCAGGAUUCUUAAUAUGUGGGACCAUCGGUAUCACGUUUGUGGUCCUCACGCCCAUCAUUGCCAUGUGUUUCUGUAUGUGUCGGUGCUGCGACAACUGCGGAGGAGAGAUGCAUCAGAGACAGAGGAAAAACGUGGACUGUCACCGAGGUUUCUUCACCGCCUCGCUCAUCGCCACCACCAUCUUCAUCAUUCUGGGAGUUUUUGUCGCCUAUGCUGCCAAUCAUAAUAUCAGCUCUCAAAUCAAAAGCACUCGACGACUCAUUAAUACCAACAUGAGAGAUCUGAAGACAUUUGCAAACAACACUCCAGCGCAAAUUGAGUACCUGACUGCCCAGUACACCACACCAAAGAACAAAGUCCUGUCAGACCUCGACAAUAUUGGGCCUUUGCUGGGUGGUAGAAUACAUAGUCAUCUAGAAAAAGAGGUUGUUCCCACACUGGACACUGCUCUGCGUAUGGCAGGAGCAAAAGUUGAGAGUGCCAUCAAAGCCAUGCGUGAGACCAAAGAAGCUCUGGAGAAUGUCAGCUCCUCGUUGGAGAUUCUUCAGGAGGGAAUGGGGAAACUUCAGGCCAGUCUGUCCGGAGAGCGUGCAUCCCUGUCCAACACUCUGUCCGACCCUGCCUGCACCAAUGGAGCCGUGUCUCAAACCUGCAACGGCAUCCGUUCCACGCUGCCUCAGCUUGGAAUUAAUGCUGACUUUUCCAAGCUCCGUGAUGUUAAUCAUGCCUUGGAAAAUGUCAAGACUGUUCUGAAGAUAGAUCUCAGCAACAUUGUUCAGAAGGGUUAUGCAUCCUUCAACGACACACCAAGACUGGUAAAAGAUCAAACCAGAAACAUUGUUUCAGCUCUGCCUCGAGUAAAAGGCAUGCUGGAUAAGACUGGCAAUGAGAUCACUGCUUUCUCCAAGAUGUUCCCAGUGGAAGCCUCACUUGCCAAUUUUACUACCUUCCUUAAUGAAAGACAGAAGGCCAUUGAAUCCUUUUACCCACAGAUUGACCAGAUGGAUUUCUACAGGUGGAUCGCCUGUGUGGCAGUUCUCUGCAUAGUCGUCCUGAUUCUGGCCUUCAACAUCCUUGGCCUGUUUUGUGGCACCUGUGGCUAUGACAAGCAAGCUACCCCCACAACCCGCGGCUGCCUGUCAAACACCGGAGGAAAUCUGCUAAUGGCUGGGGUGGGCUUCUCGUUUAUCUUUGCCUGGGUGCUGAUGGGCCUUGUUACUACCAUGUUUGUUGUUGGGGGCAACGUGGAGAAGCUGAUCUGUGAACCUCUGGCUAAUCGACAGCUGUUUAAGAUCAUAGACACACCGUUCCUGGUUCAUCCUGAAAAGAGGAACUUCCUUCCUGGGAUGCUGUUUCAGAAUCCAAAUAUUGACUUGACACUGGGCAGCAUGUACAGGGAGUGCCAUGAUAACAACGGCCUGUAUCAUGCUCUACAGCUGGAAACCAUGUUCAACAUCAACUCCUUCCUCAACAGAACUGUGUACAACAAGGAUUUGAACAAAGUGUUUGAAAGCGUGCAGGUAGACCUGACGGACAUCACACUGCUGGAGCAGGCCGGUAGAGACAACCUCAUGAACUUUGCCAACUCUGGAAUUGGAGAGAUCGACUAUCCAGCUUAUCUUGCUGAGGUGAACAAGGGAGUCACUCUUGUCGAUCUGCUGUCCUUCUGCUCUGAACUGGAGGAUCGGGCUGACCAGCUGCCACGUGGAGCUCUGGAGAACGCACUAAAAGGACACGCCAGCAGCAUCAGGACCAUUCACAGAGAACAGGUGGUGCCCUUGGAGCAGGCAAUGAAAUAUGUCAGAGCACGGAGCACCUUGAGUCAGAGUAUUAAACUCCUGCAGAGGACGUCCAAUGACCUGCCUGUCAAAGUCACUAAUAUCCUGAGCGCCAUUGAUGCAGCAGAGUAUCUCAUCACUCAUAAUGCCUCCCAUGUGGUGAAGCAGGAAACAAAAGGCUUCGUGCAGAGCUUGGUGGGAUACUUCAAACAGUACACAGAAUGGGUUAAAAACUCGCUAACUGCAGAGGUGGCUCAGUGUAAACCCAUUAGCAACAUUGUGGACAGCAUGGAGAUUGUAGGUUGCAGCUUCAUCGUCGACUCGGUGAACACAUUCUGGUUUGGUCUGGGAGGUUGCUGCAUCCUCCUGAUCCCCAGCAUCAUUUUCUCUGUCAAACUGGCCAAGUACUACAGACGGAUGGACACAGAGGACGUCUUUGAAGAUUUUAGCUCUCCUUAUUAUGACUCUCUGACUCGAUUCCCCCGGGCUUCUGCUCCACCAUGUGACUGGUGACCAACGGGAUCACUCUCAUUUAAAAAGUGGGCAGGAGAACUGGAACUGAUCUGCUUUUUAAGAAUCUCUGGACUUUUCAGUUCUCAGAUCCUUCAACACUUCCAAGGACAAAAGGGAAGAACAGCAAACAGGAACCCCUCACUCCUACUUUUAGCCCUUUUGACAAGAAAUUGUGAUACCAGUCAACUGAAAACCUGUAAAAUCUCCUUUCCAGCAUCCAGUCACAGCAUAUUUAGAUUGACAUGUAAAGAAUGAAUUUGUAUGUG